AUGCUCGAGACCGACACCACAACCACAGCCACAACCACAACCACGCCCCUGCGACUGCAGAACGGCCAAGUCUUGGAGGUGAAAUCGAAUUCUUCGGUGGAGGCAGACGAGAUCCCCAUCAUCGAUGUGGCGGGAAUCUAUAGUGAGGACAUCCAAGUGCGGAAGGCGGUAGCGGAACAGAUUCGAGAGGCAUGCCACCGAAUUGGAUUCUUUUACGCGAUCAACCACGGAGUCGAUCCUAAAUACUCAGAAGAAGCCUUCCAUCAAGCCAAGCGCUUUUUUGCACAGCCAGUCGAAAAGAAACUGGAGCUUGACACCGCGAAUGUCCCAGACGAGUACUUUGGAUACUUCCCCAUGGAGACGAACAGCAGGAGCGGCGCCAAAAAGAAGGAUCUGAUGGAAGCAUUCAAUUUCGGCUAUGCCGCCAAAGAAGAUCCCUGGUCGACCUCUGACGACGAGGGCAACAGCGUCUGGCCCUCUGACCUGCCCGGGUUCCGGGAGGGUAUGUACCAGUACCACACCGCCCUGCUGAUGUUUGCCCGCAAGAUGAGCCGCAUAUUUGCGCUGGCACUGCACCUGCCGGAAGACGCCUUUGACGAUUAUAUCAAGAAGCCCGAUGCCGCGAUGAGGAUCCUCCACUAUCCACAGCAGGAGGCGUCGGUGGACGACCAGAACGGAAUCGGAGCUCAUACCGACUUCGAAUGCUUCACCAUUGUCACCCAGGACGAUAGCGGCGGACUGGAGGUUCUGAGCAAGAGUGGGCAGUGGAUUCGGGCAAAGCCGGUUCCGGGGUCGUUUGUGGUCAACAUCGCAGACUGCUUCAUGCGGCAGACGAACGACUUCUUUGUCUCUACCGUGCACCGGGUCAUCAACAAGAGCGGGCGCGAGCGAUAUUCCAUCCCUUUCUUUUACGGCUUCGACCGGACCAAGAAGCUGGAGGCGGUGCCGACCUGCGUGUCUGCGGACAAUCCAAUGAGGUAUCCGAUCAUGACAUCGGGCGAGUACGUGCUUUGGAGGGCUCAGCUGGCGAAGGGGGCCGGGACGUACUAG